CCCACAGCAGUUCUCCCGAAUUCACCCUCACCGCCAGCAUUAGAUAGAUUCUGGAUUUUCAGCCUCUGUUCAACAAGAAGCGAUCAAACAAUAAUCACACUCAUCUCUUUUACCGUGGAACUCGUUGUGUUUUGUUGUGUGGCACACCAAAUUCAUUACUCUUCUAGUGAUGAAGGCUCUCACCAGUUCUUGUUCUAAGGCCGUCGUCGAUACUCUAGGAUCUUUGCCUCCCAGAGUUGCCAUUCAUGUUUCUGAUAGACCCGAAUUCUUCCUCUCUACGCGUCCAAGGAAAGAAAAGAAGGGUUGCAACUUAUGGCUCCUCAAAGUUGUUCCCAUCAAGGGCGUUUUUCCAGUUCAUGCAGUUCCAUCGAAAGACCAGGUGGACUUGGAAACUGCAGAACCGGAAGCUCAAAACAAUGAACAAACAAAUGAAUCGAAGUUUGUUCGUGUAGCAUUUGAGUUACAAAAGGAUUGUGACUUCGGAGAACAGUUUCUUAUAGUUGGAGAUGAUCCUACGCUUGGUUCAUGGGACCCUUUAGAAGCAUUGCCGAUGACAUGGUCUGAAGGACAUGUAUGGACUGCUGAGCAGGAUAUGCCUGUUGGAAAGUCAAUCCAGUUCAAGUUCAUAUUGAAAGGAAAAGAAGGUGAUAUUAUUUGGCAGCCAGGACCAGAUAGAGUCAUCAACACUUGGGAAACCGUGAAUACAAUAACUGUUUGUGAAGAUUGGGAGAAUGCAGAACUUCAGAAAAUAACAGAGGAAGAUCAGCUUGCUGAACCGGAUAAGGAACCCCAGAUUGACUCUGAAGUGUCUGCUUCUGCUGAAAUUUUGGAUCUGGAUUCCAAUGCAUCUGAAAUAACGGCUGUUGAGAUACCACUUACUGCACCAGUCACUGAUAAUGGUAUUGUUGCAGAAAAUAUAAUUUCCCAUGAGGAUCUCAUCAAGAAUACUAGCAGUAAAUGGAAUGAAAAGAUUGAGCCGAGUGAAGAAUCAGCUGAUAUUGCAGGAAAUGAUGAUAUAGUUCUUGAUCUUGGAAACAAUGGAAGUGCUGCAUCACUCGAGAAUGAGGAAGAGACAAUUGUGGAAAGCAGCUUAUUAUUUGAUUUUGAAAGCGUUCCUGUUCUUGUACCUGGUUUAACAAUACCAUCAAUUGAGCCAACAAAUGAGGCAAGCCAAGGUGAAAAAGUUCAAGAAAAGACUACCAAGGACAUUUCAAUUGAAGCUUCUGAAACUGAUCAGGAUCAGAAUCCACCCAAGUUGAGUAAGGAGCAAGAUGGCACUCCCCAGGAAAUAAAAGCGACAAUCAAUAAUUUGUCCCCAGAUACAGAAGACAAUUCAAACUAUGAACCAGAAGAUGGCACUCUCUUGCAAAAUCAAAUAAAAAGGGGCCAUGAAAGCGUAAUGAAGUUUCUUUCACUACUAGGAUUACGUGGAGGGUCAAACUUUAUGGAACCACUGGAAUAAACUUCAUCGAAGUUGAUCAUUUUUCUGAUCCAUUUGAACAAAUUUUACAGUGUUGUCACCUAGAUUGUAUAAUUCUUUCAAUUUUGACUACUUCUGUGAUCUGUGUAGCUGGUAUUAGUUUCAUGAUAGGUAGCUUUGUGGUUAUGAAUGGCAUAGUGAUAGUAAUUGAUAUAGUGUAUCCUCUUGUAAUAAGUACUGUGAAACACUUCUAUAUUUUUCCUAAUUCUUAUGCUUUAAAAUUUUGGAAAAUGUAAA